AUGGCGUCCAGUAGCACGGCCACGAGUAGCUGGCAAGAUGCUUUUAACUUAGAUCUAUUGAGCGAUAAGGAUAUUGAAAAGUAUCUAUUUAGUAAUAAUAAAGGAAAUCUAAAGUGGUAUGGCGAUUUUGUGUUGCUACAAGAGUUAUUUGACCAUCUAUUACAACAUCAGUUAAUCUGGUCGAAACCAGGCAGUUAUUGUAGAAAACUCGAAGGAGACGGUUUUACAAUUAGAUGGUACUCCGAUAACGGCACGCUGACAGUUAGCGAAGCGAAGGAGGAAAAGAUUAAAAGAUAUCUUCAACACAUUUCGACAAAAGAACCAGACUCUAUUAUUGAUAUAUGUCGGUAAGUCACUCAGAUAAACAUGAUAUCGAUGGGGAAAACCUUAAUGUCAAUGACGGCGUAUCGCAGUAUGAAACAUCAUUGAAUCACGGCAACGAAUCAGACAAGACAAAUAUAGAUAGCCUGUCGACUAUUUUAAUUUUGAAGAAGUUAAAUCUGUUGAACGGAGAUUGGACCGAAAAAUUGAUGAUAUUGCUCUCGACAUACGUAGAAUUAAAGAAGCAGACAAUUUCAAAUCCCCCUUGUCACGCGAUCAAGUUAAACACAUUACGGAAGAAAAUAUUGCACUAAAAGCUGAAAAUGCUGCCCUGAAAGAGAAAGUAGAUUAUGCAGUGUUGGUAAUGUCCGAUUUAAACACAAAAUUAAAACUUCUCGAGGAAGAAAAGCAGAGCUUGAUUACGGCAUUAAAUAUUCUUCAAGUUAAUGAAUUCAAAAGCAACACACAAAACCCGGGACAAUAUGUAUUAGCUAAUAUACAAAACGAGAAAUCACAGCCUGAACAGCUUGAAAUAUCAUCGGAUAGUGAAUAUAAUAUUCCACUAGCAAAUAGAUAUUCUACAUUAGCUGACGAAGGCAAACUGAAUGAAGAUGAAAGUGAACAAACUACCCAACAGCAAGGGCAAGCGUCUGUAAUUACAAUGGAGUUAAAUGUUCAACAACAACAACAACAAUCUACCUGCAAUCAAUCAUCUGAGCAAUGUAACUCGGACGUGCGGGUUGAUAAUCAGCAAGGUCAAUUGCGUGAACCUGCAUCUAAUGAACCACCUAAUAAUGGCAACUCCAAAGGCACCAAGCAAGCAGAAAUGGCAAAGACGAAAGGUCGCAUUCGGCCUGUUGACUCUAGGAACAGUGUCAAUCAAGGUACCAGUAAAUCUAAUAGCGAUAAUGAAAUGGGAAGUCAAGGUAAGAGUACACUUGUUAUUGGAGACUCAAUGAUUAAAGAAAUCGAAGUCAACAAACUUUCCAGAUCAAAGAAAAUUACCAAAAUUUGCAUGCCUGGAGCUAAGUCAGAUCAAAUCAAAGAAAGACUGCAGACUACUUUAAAAAGUACCCAUUAUGAUGAAGUCAUAAUCCAUGCAGGGGUUAAUGACCUGUCAAAUUCCCAGCCAGACCAGAUUAUCGUACAGUUAACAGAUAUGGCUGCUUCUGUUAAUUCCUCAACCAAAGUUUCAAUCUCCAGUAUAAUUACGACCAGAGAUAAGGAUAGAAAUAGCGCAAUAAAUUUAAUAAAUAGUGAACUCAAAAUUACUUGCCAAAGUCGAGGAUGGGUUUAUAUUGACAAUUCACGUAUAGGCAACGAACAUUUAAAAUUUAAUAGUAUCCACUUGAAUCGAGUGGGUGUAAAAUUAUUUGCCUCAAACAUUAUACGUCAAUCUCUCAGGCCUGGAUCAAAUAGGAGAUCAAUGACCAAACCUGAAAAUUUUCCGAACACUGUGUGGAGACUUGCAAAAGCACUGAACAUGAUUGCUCAGAUUCCAUAA